UUCUGGCCUUGCCUUGACUUCCUUGUGUGAGAAGGCAGUGUGCACUGCUCCAAGCUCCAAGGAAGAUGGGUUGCUAUGUUAGUCGCUUGCUCUGGCUGGAGUGCAGCUGGACUUGGGGUUUGGCUCGCCUCUCCUGGGCAGGUGGUGGAGCUCCAGCCUCCAAGUGGGCAGGUGGUUCUGCUUCCUACACCCAUCCCAGAUACAUGCAUGUGGUUGCCAGAGGAGGGCAAACCCAACAAAGUCCAGGUCCGCAAGCACCCGCUCUGGAGACAGACGUUGAAGUCUUUUAGGUUUGGUUUCACAAGGGAAACGGAAUCACGCGCUCGGGGCCAGGGCCCAGGGAGAAAUCUGAACCCUCAGGGACAAAGUGGCCGUUGGAACUUCUGGUUGUCCUCCCUAGAACUCUGGGUCUCUGAUUCCCGUGCACCUUGCACCCAUAGCGUCCCCUCUAGUGACCUGUCUUGCCCGCUGUGCGUCUUGGAAGUUGUAGUUUUCUAGGUCUGGAGGCAGGGCCAUGGCCUGCUCAGCUUGAGUGACAGCUGUGACUCGCUGGGCUUUGCACCCACGGACACCCAUUCGCACGCGCCUGCAGCUGGAGUCCUAGAUGGGCUUCCCCCAGGUGCUCGGGGAUUAGUGGGGGCGGGGCCCAUACACGCAGAUGAUCGUGGAUUGGGCCUGUACGUCGUGGGCGGGGCCGCGCAUGCUCAUAUUGGCGGCAGGCCUUGGGAGCGUCAAGAUGUCGACCCUGACGGUUCCGGAGCUGAAGCAGAUCAGUAGGGAGGCAGCGAUGCGCCUGGGGCCGGGCUGGAGCCAUUCGUGCCACGCCAUGCUGUACGCUGCCAACCCUGGGCAGCUCUUUGGCCGCAUUCCCAUGCGCUUCUCGGUGCUGAUGCAGAUGCGCUUCGAUGGACUGCUGGGCUUCCCCGGGGGCUUCGUGGAUCGGCGCUUCUGGUCCCUGGAGAAUGGCCUGAACCGGGUGCUGGGCCUGGGCUUAGGUGGCCUGCGCCUCACCGAAGCCGACUACUUGAGCUCACACCUGACCGAGGGUCCACAUCGCGUGGUGGCGCACCUGUAUGCGCGGCAGCUGACGCUGGAGCAGCUGCACGCAGUGGAGAUCAGCGCUGUGCACUCGCGGGACCACGGCCUGGAGGUGGGGCCACCGCCCGGUGCCUGCCCCCAUUCCCAUUCCCGAGGUUUGGCUCUGGCACUGCAGAAGGCAUCGAUGGGUGCUGGGCCUUGUGCGUGUCCCACUGUACACCCAGAAGGAUCGGGUUGGAGGCUUUCCCAACUUCCUGAGCAAUGCCUUUGUCAGCACUGCCAAGUACCAGCUCCUGUUCGCCCUCAAGGUGCUCAACAUGAUGCCCUCAGAAAAGCUGGCUGAGGCCUUGGCUGCAGCAACAGAGAAACAGAAGAAGGCCCUUGAGAAGCUACUUCCAGCUUCCUCUUGAAGUGGUUCCUGUGCUGCCUGCUGCCCUCCCUUGGCUGUGUCUGCUAGCAGGCCCUGGAAUUCCCUUGAAGCGUGCCUUCUAAUGUGUUUGGUUUUGCACCCCUUCUGACUGCAAGGGACAAGCAGGCAGCUGUUUCUCUCUACUGUCCCAAGCAGUCCUCGCACCCAGCUACCCUCUCAGGUUGGUCAGUAGGUGGCCUGGGCCUUGCUUUUCAGGCAUGUUUUCACCCACCCCAGGGCUCAGACCAUCCUGUGUCAAUCUGAAUCUCUUCCAGGCUGGUGGAGACCCACCUAGUGCCCACUUUUCCAGGGCAAUCAGUUGGUACACCACUCUUCGAUGUUUCAGGAGUUUUGUUUGGGAAGGUGACCCCUUAUCACUUAGCCCAGAGCCCCACCCAGGUUGGGGUAGGCU